UCAUCGUAUCGGUGUAUAAGCGACGCGAGAUAACUUGUGUUCCGGAACUCGAUUGAGAGAGAGGCAGCCCUUCCAAGGACGAUAAAGCUUCCACUAUUACACGAUGAGUCUUCCUUUGUGCACCAUCAACCCAGAACUCAAGGAGAAGCUUCGCAAGUUCAGGUUCCGCCGUGCUACAAACAAUGCUGCUAUUUUAAUGAAAGUGGACCAGCAGGCCUCGGAGAUCAUCUUAGAAGAAGAGCUGGAGGACCUUGAGGACAUUGACGAGCUUCGGGACUCCAUUCCAGAUACCCAGCCACGCUAUGUGCUCAUUUCAUGGCGCAUCUCCCACCCCGAUGGCCGCAUCUCCUACCCUAUGGCUUUUAUUACAACACCAAGAGAUUGCCAGCCACAGCUCCAGAUGAUGUAUGCAGGGAGUUACACACACAUGAUUAAGGAAUGUAACCUAACAAAGGUUUUCCAGGUGCGGGACCUUGAAGAACUGGAUGAUGAUUGGAUUCAGAACAACUUAGUACGGUAAAAGAUCUCUGUGCAGUCAACUAGCAGCAGGAAAACACAAGCAAUGCCUCUCUUGAUUCUAAGAAUAGUGUGAUUUUAUUUCCUGUUGUC